UAUCACUGCGCAAGCGUGCCGGAAGUCCCGCCAUUGCGGCGCGUGCGCAAGGGGAGUCAGUCAGACCCAGAGCGGGUCCUCAGCGCACUCGAAGAGAGCGGCGUGAGAGUCGCGAGCCCAGCGGCGGAGCCAUGCUGUCCCCGGAGGCGGAGCGGGUGCUGCGAUACCUUGUUGAGGUGGAGGAGCUCGCCGAGGAGGUGCUGGCGGACAAGCGGCAGAUUGUGGAUCUUGACAUCAAGAGGAAUAAGAACCGAGAGGGCCUAAGGGCCCUACAGAGGGAUCUCAGCCUUUCUGAUGUGAUGGUUUGCUUCGGGACUAUGUUUAUCAAGAUGCCUCACUCUCGGGUGAAGGAUAUGAUUGAAAAAGAUCAGGACCACCUGGAUAAAAAAAUAGAAGAACUUCGGAAACAACUUAAAGUGAAAGUCAGCCGCCUCUUUGAGGCUCAAGGCAAUCCGGAGCUGAAGGGCUUUAACUUGAACCCACUCAGUCAGGAUGAGCUUAAAGCUCUUAAGGUCAUCUUGAAAGAAUGAGACUCAAGUACCAAGAUGGAGACGUACAACCACCAUCUCCCCUGCAGUCAUGGAGGCCCCAGCAUUUCUGGCCUUGAAACCUGCAAUGACAGGAUUGGCCCUUCAAGGGCUCAGGCAUCAGGAAUCUGGUGUGGCUUCUGCACAAAGCUUCUGUCAUAGCUCUUGGCUGCUGUGCAGUAGCAGGGACCCCUCAGCCUGUCCCUGUGUGCUGUGCCUGCCGCCUGGGGCUUGGUGGACACAGGACCUAUUGACAGGGCCUGGCAGCCACCAGUCGGUGUGGGCGUGAGAAUGACUGCAGCAGGCGCUUCUCAACAUUGGCCUGCUGUCCAGAUGGGCCCCAGGCAAGGGCACAGGGGACGGAGAGGGGUGGAGCAGGAACUUCCAGCAGGCAUUCCUCAGAACAGAGAGGCAGUUUGGGUCAUUGAGUGGUGGGAGUGGACCAGAGCAGGAGACAGCUAGUGGCCUCUGCAGGAAUCACAGACUGGGUGCCCCAUGUUCACACAGGCCUCCGGGGGCAGACACAUUACCCUACUCGCUCUAGCUCUGGCCUUGUUCCUGCUGCGUGCCAGCUGUGACUGCUCUUGGGUAGGAAGAGCCUUGCUGAGGUGGCCCUGGGAGGCCCAGUGAGUUACCCACCUGCUGCUCUCUGAGCACCCUCCCCUGCCUUUCUGGUCUGAGAUCCUAAUGUUUGUACUGUAGGGACAGAACUGUCUUGUAGGUGCUUUGAGGGCUCAAUAAAUGUUUCUUAAAUGAA